AUGAUGGAGUGUGUGGUGUGGUGUGGGGGUAAUGAUGCAUGGGACGGUGCCAAAAGCGACAUGCCACAACGUUGCCAACUCAGCAUUCAGUUUGCAACUGUCGAUAGAUCAUGUCGGCAUGUUUUUUACCCUGCGCUCGAGUCUACCCACACUUCUUGCUCCCGCCUGCGAUUGGAUUCUCCGUUGACCGCUUCAAAUUCGCUUUUGCAUCCGACGGUUGAGGCUUCCUCUCGUUGCUUUGCCCUAAGACGUGCAGCGGAUAACUACCAACCAAACGUAGAACGUGGUUUCCCGCUUCGGACAAUCCCGUCCCCCGUUGACUACCCCUUUUGGUUGUCCAAUGCUUUCUUUUGA